AUGUUGGAUCAGAUUCAUCUGCUGGCUGCCGUGACAGUCCUGGGAGUCCUGGAGCAAGCGUACUUCUUCCUCCAGGUGAUCUAUGCUAGGAGAGCGUUUGGCGUUUCUCCUCCAAAGACCUCAGGCCCGCCUGAAUUUGAGAGGAUCUUUCGAGCACAAGUGAACUCGUCUGAGUAUUUUCCCAUUUUCCUGGCACUUCUGUGGCAGGCUGGACUCUUCUUCCAUCAAGGUCUGGCUGCAGCCUUGGGUCUGCUCUAUCUCUAUGCCCGCUACUGCUACUUCAUGGGAUACAGGGCAUCGCCCUCAGAAAGGCUCACCCCGAUAUACUUUAGCAGUGGAGUUCUCUGGAUCCUCCUUGGAGCGUCAGCCCUGGGCAUCUUACAUUUCUUCCUGUCUCACUACCUGAGGAUAAACAUCCUCCAGCUUCUCACAGUGUGA